AUGGCCAAGAGAAAUCUCACCACUGUGACAGAAUUUAUUCUUGUGGGCUUCACUGAUCACCCUGAACUGGCCGUUCCUCUCUUCCUAGUGUUUCUCAGUUUCUAUCUAGUCACCGUUCUGGGGAAUGUGGGGAUGAUUGUUCUAAUUCAAGUAGAUGCUCAACUCCACACCCCAAUGUACUUCUUCCUGAGCCAUCUUGCCCUCUUGGAUGCCUGCUAUGCCUCUGUUAUCAUUCCUCAGAUACUGGCCACGCUGGCCACAGGCAAGACAGCCAUCUCCUAUGGCCGCUGUGCUGCCCAGUUCUUUUUCUUCACCAUCUGUGCAGGCACGGAGUGUUAUCUGCUGGCUGCAAUGGCCUAUGACCGAUUUGUUGCCAUUAGUAACCCACUGAGCUACAAUGUGGCUAUGACUCCAGGUACCUACAGGGGAUUACUGGCUGGGGCCUAUGUCUGUGGGGUAUUGGCAGCCAUUCUACGUACCACAUGCACCUUCACCCUCUCCUUCUGUGACAACAAUCAAAUCAACUUCUUCUUCUGUGAUAUGCCACCCCUGCUGAAGCUUGCCUGCAGCAGCAUGACCCAAAGUGAGAUUAUCAUCCUCUUUUUUGCCAAAUCCAUGUUCCUUGCCAAUGUUGUGUUCAUCCUGGUCUCCUACAUGCUCAUCAUCAGAGCUAUCUUGAAGGUGAAGUCUACUGGUGGUCGGGCCAAGACUUUCUCUACCUGUACCUCCCAUCUGACCACAGUGAUUCUCUUCUUUGGGACACUUGCUUUCAUGUAUGAGAGGAGUAACUCUGACAAAUCCCUAGAGGAGGACAAGAUUGUGUCUCUCUUCUACACUGUGGUCAUCCCCAUGCUGAACCCCUUGAUCUACAGCCUGAGGAACAAAGAUGUGAAAGCUGCAUUCAGAAAAGUCACUAGUAAACUCCAGGUACCCAAAGGAUGUAACUGUGGGUGAGGGUACCUCAUCCUGACCCAUCUUCUCCCCAUAUCUUCAUUCUCUGAUGGACAUCAGCACCAUCCAAUGCUUGCCCUAAGGAAUGGAUAAUAGGUGGCUUUCAGCCACACCUGGGAAGUAGCCAGAAACUACCAACCCUGUGAGGAAAACCAAGUUUGGUAAAGUUUGUUUUGAUGAUUCCCUUCACUCCCUUUUCUUCUUUUUUUAGCUCACCUUCCAAACUCUCAGGGUUCGAGAGCUACUCUCUGACACCACAGAGAUAUAAAGUAGCAUAGUCAUAAGUGAACUGACCCCCACAACCAAUCUCCCACU